UUAUCCCUUGAGAGUGCCAACCAGCUGUCCAGCCUUGACCAGUACAGAAAAAGCACAGAGCCAGCAGGUGCUCAGAUCACUUUGUUUAAAAUGGGUUUGCCAUUUCAAUUUUUAAGAUUUUAGAUUUUAAGCAGUCUACAUGAUCAUUGGACAUAUAUUCUUCAGAAAUUGACCAAUCAAACCUGCCAUCCAUAGCAGCAUGGCAUUUUUUAAGAGCUUCCAGCAAAGGCUCCCUUCCAUGUCCGCUGUGUUGGAAUCAGUGUCAGAAAAGGUGGAUGACCUGGCUUAUGCACUGAGUGAUGUCACAUUCACGGUGAGCGGAGAACUCGCUGAGCAUGUCAACACCAUCAUCCAUAAAGUCCAGGCCGAGGAGCUGAAGAGGAUUCGUAAGAAAGAGGCCGAAGAGAAGGAGGCUGCAGCACGGCAGGCCCAGGAAAGAGAUCCUCUUCUGGGUAGGACUGAAAUCCAGACCCAGGCUGUAUGCGGCCUAGUGAAGGACCCUGAGCCUCAGACUACAAGCAACGACACCGGUUCACUGCUGUCCACUGAGACUUUCUCUACAGAAAGUGACCUCUCACAGGCUCCUGACACACUGAAAGAAAAGUUCAUAGCGCAAAAUGGGGCUGAUUCACUUUCGGUACUACAACAAAAUGGAUCCUGUGUUAUAGAAAGAACUGAGUCCACUAAACUAAAAACAUCUAGAAGCCCAGCAGAUGGUUGUGAGGAGAAGAAAUCUAGUAAUAUUGAGAGACCAGCUGAAGAUAAGAGUUAUGUGAAUGCAGACUAUCACUGCUCGUCGUCAGACAGUGAUGAUGAGGUGAUUGGACAGUAUCAGGAAGCCGUGUCUCGAUCGCAGGGUCUCAGGGGUGGGUCAGCGGGGACUCACUCACGCCACCAGAAGGGCUAUGGCUGGGACACACGGCAGAAAUACUGCCCCCUAGCGGCUGAAUAUGAUGGCUACAGCAGUGAGGCCUCAGCAGAUGAUGUAAACUGUAUCCAGCGGAUGAGACGGACUCCACCAUUGGAUGAGCUGCAGCCUCCACCCUAUCAGGAUGAGAAUGGGUCGCCACGCAUGUCAUGCACACCCUCUGACCUGGACGAUGCCAAAUGUGACCUUUCCCAGGGGAGCGAUAGCCCCAGACACAGCUAUGGAAAAUGUCCAAGUGAGGUCAGCGGCGCACAGGAAACAGAGAGUUUCCUUAACAAGGGCUAUGAAGAAGAUGUGCCCAGUGACAGCACUGCUGUACUCAGCCCAGAGAAUCUGUCUGCACGUGGAUCGGCGGCUCAGCUUCCCAAAGGUUACGACCCUGAGCCUCUCUCUCAAUAUGGAACUCUCGACGUCAUCUUUGACUACGAUUCGUCUGACCAGCGUCUGUCUGUCACGAUAACAGCGCUGACAGACAUUCCUUCUCUCAAACGCACGGGUAACAUCUCCUGGCAGGUGCAUCUGGUGCUGCUGCCCACCAAAAAACAGAGGGCCAAAACCAUCAUCCAGCGUGGCCCCUGCCCCGUCUUCACAGAGACACUUUACUUCAGCCAUAUCGAGUCGGAGAUGAUCGGGAAUUAUGCCGUCCGGUUCCGCUUGUACAGCAUCCGCAGGAUGAAGAAGGAGAAGGCUCUUGGAGAGAAGGUGUUCUACCUCACCAAACUCAACCUACAGGGCAAGAUGUCAGUCCCCAUAAUACUAGACCCCUACUGCAACAUACCUGGCAGUGACUCUCAGGCAAGCAUGUCAGAUGUAUCGUGCAGCGAGACGGCCUCGUCGUUCCCAUCUGCUGGUCAGGGGUCAGCUCCUGAGAUCCUGCUGGGGCUUGUGUACAACGCCACUACAGGACGUCUCUCUGUGGAGGUCAUCAAAGGAAGCCACUUUAAAAACCUGGCAGCAAAUAAACCUCCCAACGGUUUGUUCUGUUGUCUAAAGCACUUGAUAGGUGGGCAGGUGUACAUAAUCCGAGACACAUACGUAAAGCUGACUCUGCUGAACUCAAUGGGUCAAGAGAUGUCCAAGUGCAAGACGUCCAUCUGUCGAGGCCAACCCAACCCCACCUACAAGGAGACCUUUGUGUUCCAAGUAGCUCUGUUCCAGCUCUCCGAUGUCACACUCAUCCUGUCGGUCUACAACAAGCGCAGCAUGAAACGGAAGGAGAUGAUUGGCUGGAUCUCUCUGGGGCUGAACAGCUCUGGGGAGGAGGAGCUGACACACUGGACACAGAUGAAGGAAUCGAAGGGACAACAGGUGUGUCGAUGGCACAGUCUUUUGGAGUCCUAGAAUGUCAGCAAGUGAUGGCAAUGAUGUGUGUUAUGGCAUAGGUGACAGAGAGCAGGUCAUGCCCUCGAACGGCCCCAAGACAACAGAGCUGGCCCUCACUGCAGUGCAUUAUGAGAAACACGAGUAGUUCUGGGGAUGUAAUCUACUCUCCUUCCCAAUGCACUGUGGGAAACGGGUUAGAGAAAAUGGUGAGAACAGGGUUAGAGAUGCCACACCGUUAAUGGAGGAAACACUACUGAGAUUUAUUUAGAUAUUUAUUUGUAU